AUUAUACUGGCACAUUCGUGGAUUAUGUCUGCUGAAAUGGAUAUUUUUAGAGACGAAGAAACGCACGAUCUGAAGUACAAACGGGGCGGGCGUUUGGACAUGAGCCACGGUUUCCUGCACCAUAUCCGCAAGAACCAGAUUGCCAGAGAUGACUAUGACAAAGAGGUGAAGUUAGCCAAAAAAGCUGAACGGAGGAGGCACACUACAACUCCUCAACGGCCCAGGCGACCUGACAUUCAGGUUUACCAUCCCCGACAAAGACAUGAAUCUGAACCUCAGGCGAGCACCGAGGCAGAAGAGUGGAACGAGAGCGGCUCAAGCACCGAAACAGAAAUGCAGGGAACCGAACUGUUCUGGCUCGACUAUCAGGCAGACUCGGGGACCAUUACAUCCUUCAUUGUGCAUAAGGACGAUAAGCCAUCAAGGGUGGUAGAACGCGUCGCUGAAAAGAACGUCCUGGAUUUAGCCAUGAGGGCAGUCCUGGAGGUCCGCAUUCGAAAAGAGAUGGACAAAAGGAGAGAUAAACGCUGAGGGAGGAUUGUUAAGUGUGUAGUUUGCAACAGCCGCACAGUAGGCACAGACCUGCCCACAACGUCAGCAUCCUGAUUAGAUGGAAGGCUGCAGACAGAGCUGGUGGGAAGAAGGACCCGGAUAAUUGUGUCAAGUAGGCAAGCACAGAUCCGAUCCGCAUUCCUGUUGCGAUUUAAAAACAAGGAUGUAUGGACGAGGGCAGUCGUAGCCGCAUUUCACCCACCUUGUGCUGUUGUCUCCUCUGAUCCACAUCAUCGGGGAGCACUGUGCACAUUACGUUACAUGUUCUAUAUGACCAUGGAAAGUACCGGUAAUACCCCUUUCCUACUGCUGCAAAACCACGGGUAAACACGCUUUUUUGGGCAGUGGGAAAGGCUCACUGGCCAAUGUCUAUCCAUGUCCACCAGCACGCCAUCGGAGGUGGGUUGUGAUCGCCUCCAAUCGCAAUUUGAAAGCCUAACACCGGACUUCUCGGUAAUUACGUGAUGACAUAGGGCGGUACGUGAUGCAUCAUAACCGCGCGCCAUCGGUCUCGUAUAUAGCAAAAUAUCAACAUAAAGAACAAAUCUGAGUCAAAUGGCAAAGAAUACAAGUGAGUUUUGAGGUGGGCUAGGAGAUCGCCCCUUAAGCUGUUGUCUCAGUAGUGGCAAAAAGUUGAUCCUCUGCUGCUUUUCGACCAUUUUGAGGACAGUAAAAAGCAUGAUAAAAGAAAGAACACUCGCUUCCAUGUUGCUUUGUCUACUACCAAGAAAUCUGUUGCACUAUCACCACACAAUCACAGUGUGGUGACGUAACCAGACGCAAAGUGGUGGAAGGGAGGGUGCACGCAGAAUCGCCUUCUGUUGGUCAAUGGGAAAGGGACAAUAUGCCAAUUGGUUGCGUGUCAUCACGGAUCACUACUACCCACUAAUUUCAGUGGGAAUGGGUAUAAGAGAACGUUUCCUCUUUUAUUGUUAACAUUUUAAGUUUGAAUAAAGUGCUGGAAGUCGCAAAACCCUAUGUUUGUCAGUGUGGGUUUUAGCCUUGACCGUGUAUUUAUUUUGUGUCAUUACCUCUAGUAUUGUAAUUUAUUUUAUUUUGGAGUAAUGUAUUUUGGCGGGCAACUUUUCUAAUCUGUGAUUUAAUGUUUUUUGUUAUAUUUAUUGCUCGGUGCAACCUUUGGAGCAAAUAGCAUUACAAUGUGAACGUUUUCUACCUGUCAAAUGAACAAUAAAUACUUUGGAUACACGCGUA